AUGGUAGGGGAAGGCACCGUGGAAGCUGCCGGCGGCCAGGCGGUCAUCGCGGGGUGGAUGGACAAGCACCGCGAGAUGUAUCGUCGUGCGACUAAGCACCCAUUUGUCCUCAGCAUUCGCGGGGGGACAGUCGAUCUUUCCUCGUUUAAACGAUGGCUGGUGGGUGUCCUGGCUCUCCUCAGUGGCGGUGUGUAUACAUUUUUGUUUCGUCGAUUUGCUGAUGACUGAACAAAACCUUAUCUAUAAGAACCUAAUUUCCUGUUUUUUUUUUCGUGAACUAUUGCUCCGAAGUUCAAGCAUAUCGAUUACAGAGAGAUAUGGGGCUUACAAAAAAUAUAUUUAAGUUUGGAGAAAAUGGCCACACGAUCGCCUUUUUCCUUAAAAAAUAAGCACCUUACAGCUGGUGGUGGUGCAAGCUAGUCGAGACUUCGGAGCCGCAUGAAAGUGGCCCCAAAGGGUAACAGAGAAAACACAAGUCAGGAUUCACCUAAUGAAUUCUCCUUUAAUCAGCGUAGCCGAAAAGUACAAAAAAAGAAAAAAAAGAAAAAAAAAAAGGAAAAGAUGUAAAGCUUUAGAAUUGUCACAAUUCCUUCCUGCUUUGUUGUUGUGUUCUUCCUUUAAUCCGAGGUUUGAAAUAAAAUCUACGCAGGGCUAGGUAGAUUCUUACACAUUCCUUUUAGCCUUAUGUCAAUUUUUGGGAGUUGGGAAGUUGUCGUGACCAAGCCCUAUUUUUGCAUCAAUGGCUACUUGUAACUCUGUGUAAUAGGAUUAGAGUGUUCAUUUCACAGAACAAGUGGAAGUAAAUGAAAUGAAAGAUUCUAUGACGCCAAAGGUGCACAUUCUUUGAAGAUAACCACCAGUGGCUAUUGGAUGACGACCUGUAUCUGGCUUUUAGGAGUUUUGUCUGCAUGACAGCCUUCCUGACUAUAGAAUUCUUCACUAUAUUAGUUUCUCGCCUGUGGGGCAAUCUUCUGUUAUGGCCUCCUAGCGAGGGGUGUGAUAUGUGUUGGUCAUCCUAAAGUCUACUCGUGUGCUUAACAAAGUAAUACUACUUUCCCCCCUUUUUUUAUUUUUGGUCUGUCAUUGUUUCAGCUGCGCCGGUCUCUUCUCUCCACUUUGACGGAUGGGAAGAUUGAUGUUCGGUGUUGAAACCUUAACAGAUAAAAUAAUACUUUCAUUUACCCGAGCAAAGAUUCCAACAAAUGUUUUGAACUUGUUUUCAUACUUCUUUUGUAAUGUGCUCGCUGCAUCGCCGUUUGAUUUAUCUUCUCUUUUUUAGCUACCACAACAGCAGCCAAAUAUUAACUUAAUUACUUAUAAAACAAGAGACAUAGAUUUGUUGCUCAAGAAACAAAACAAGUGAAGACUGCUGAUUGGGAGAUAUCUUUGUUCCUGGCUUGAGGUUUGGUGCUUAUUUGACCAUCUUCCUCAUCGCUGAAAUCGCUCACGUUAUUGGUUCUUUAAAUCACCAGCCAAAGACAUUCAGAGAUUGUUGAUUGGGUGUUUUGCAGACCAUUUAACAAAAAAAUAUUUCUGCAUGGCGAACGUUUCUUGAAGAUUUCUCUUGUAUGGCUUGUGUCUGGUCAAAACUAGGCUUGGGUUUGCCCACACUCUGGGCCCUAUGUGAGACUCAUUCUUGAAGCUUUGCCCAGUGGGCUUCUGAUCUGGAUAUGAAGAAAAGAAAAGGAAAGUAGCUUUUGAAUGCUGUCCUAACCACCAGCUAUUCAUCCAGUGUCUCCAUUCAGUUUCCAGUAUCCCCUGUCUAGUUUCAUUCUUAUAGAAGAACUGCGAGCUCAUCUACAUGCCUUGAUUCGAGUGCACAGUUGUCGCAUUUAAAAUUGGGAUAAUAGAGAGCGAAAUGGUAAGGUUUUACCUCAUUAAGUGAGAGCGAAGUGCAUCUGUAAGCUACCCCUUUCCUUCUUCAAGUUAUUUUGUCCUUUAUCUGUCAAAGUUUCCUUUUUUAUCGAGAGCAAGCUCCGAAGGCUGAAACUAACAUCACCUGCAAAGAACAGGAACAAGACUACGUUUUUGUGAGGGGAUUUGUUCCCUUCGUGGCAAGCGUUCUGUUGAAGGCCAGCAGGGAAUCAGAUGACGAGACGGACAUGGAGACCAUCCUCGGCGGCAUGGCUUCUCUUUAUGAGGAGCUGUCCUGGUUCAGAACGGAAGCUUUCAAAUGGGGCCUGCCCUUACUUGAUAUCAUUCCUCGAAGGGCAAACCAGGACUACUGCAGGUAAUGAAUAUCUCGAAAUGUCCAGUAUUCAUUGCCGACGAUGAUCCCUGUGAUACCAUGCCUCCAAUUGCAGGUUUCUUCGGAGCCUGGAAGAACCAGAGGCCGACUACACCACCACAAUGGUGGCCUUGUGGGCUAUCGAGACUGUGUACCAGGAAAGUUUCUCCCUGUGCCUCGAGGAUGGCUCCAAGACUCCACCGGAGCUAAUGGAGACCUGCCAGAGAUGGGGUAAUGCCGGCUUCAGGGGCUACUGUGACUCCCUUAGGAGAAUAGCCGAGAGACGCUUGGAGAUGGCCCAGGCGGGUAUCCAGAAGAAUGCUGAAGCUGCAUUCGAGCGAGUUCUUGAGCUCGAAGUCAGCUUCUGGGAUAUGAGCAGCGGUAGUAGCCCGCUUUGA